AUGAUUCCUUGUUUGCGACUGUUCGGCAUGUUUUAUAAGACUUCAAUCAAAGUGGAAGAUGAAUAUACUCGGGGCCUUUCUGAGGGAGAGAGAAGACGUGUCUCGAUCCUCGAUUGCCUCACUACUUGCGCCAGUGUCAUCUGCUGGGAUAAAUCGACAAGGGGUCUCGAUGCGAGCACAGCUCUCGACUGGGUCAGGUCGAUGAGGACCAUGAACAAGCUUCUCGGGCUUACAACAAUCAUCACCCUUUCCCAGGCAGGCAGCGACAUCUUUGAGCAAUUCGACCAGAUUCUCGUCCUUGAUGAGGGCAAGCAGAUUCUUAUCUUUUUGAACUUUCUUGAAUGA